GAAUAAGAGUGAGCACGGCAGUCACUUUCGUUUUGCCACUAGCUGCUUACUGAAGUGAGGAAUGAGGGUUUGAUUUGGGACACACCCAGACCGCGGCCAGCAUCGAAUACAACCUUGCAGCUCCACAUAUGAAAACCUGGACACGUCACUGAGAUGACAGGUGAAAGCCCGUGUGUUGUGACGCAACACUCAGACGGAGGUGUUAAGGAAGAGGACACACACGAAUCUGAGACAUGCUCAGGACCUCCCAGUUCUGAGACGCAGGAACAGGAUGCGAGUCUGACCUCUGACCAGGCCACGCAUUCUGACAGGCGUCUCUGUAAAGGAGGAGCAGAUAAACCGUACACGUGUCCGACUUGCAGCAAGACUUUUGCCACAUCGUCACACCUGGCUCUCCACGUGUGCACACGCACCGGUGACAGGAAACAUGAGAGAAGCAGGUACAGGUGCAGGAAGCACGCCUGUGCCAAGGCGUUCGCUCGGCCGUCUCAGCUGGUGCGCCACAUGGCUGUCCACGUGGGUGAGAAACCCUUCAAGUGUCCGGAUUGCGGCAGGUGUUUUGGACGUGGUUCGCACCUGGAGACCCAUCGGCGGCUCCACACAGGUGAGAAGCCGUUCAAGUGCAGCGUGUGCGGCAAAUCGUUCACACAGAAGUCCGGCCUCAUCGUACACGUCAGAAAGCACACGGGCGAGCGGCCUUACAAAUGUGACAAGUGCAGCGAGUCUUUUCGCACCGCGGCUCACCUUCUCUCCCAUCAGGCUGUCGAGGCGGGAGAGGGCCGACACGCCUGCGCCACGUGCCGUAAGAGCUUCAGAACCGUUUCAGCGCUCAGGCAGCAUGAGAAGAUCCACAGAGAGUUGCACGAUUCCUUCACACACACAUGCAGCGUGUGUUCUGGUUCUUUCGUUUGCACCAGUGAACUUCACAGCGAGCUCCAUGACACCGAGUCGGCCAUGUGCGUCUUCCACUGCAGUGUCUGUAACGUGGUUUUCACAGACAUGGCCACCUUUGAGAAUCACUGUGAGAAGCAUCAGAGAGAAAAAAAUGUGUACGGAGUAGAGGAGCACGAGCUGGAUGAAGAAGAGGAUGAAGAAGAAGAGGAGGAGGCGGGAAAAAGAAAGAACAGUGCUCGAGACCCACCCUUUCGGCCACACGUGGCGACAUCAGCGACACGCUACACGUCUGAGGUCAGCACACGCUCCAAAACCCGAGCCAGGAGCAGUGCAGAGGGAUUAAAUUGACUUUUUAUUUACAUUUGUCAUUUCUUACACACCCUUGACUUAUUUAUUUAUUUGUUUAUGUAUGUAUUUAUAUAUUUUUUUUUGUCAGAGGAACAGCAUACACAAUUUUCCCAUUACCUCAAAUGCAGAGACGUGUUCAGAGUCUAAUGGUGCUGGAGCUACAGUAUUACAUUAAAUUAUGCCAGUUGCUAAUUCGGAAGCUACAAAUUACAUGUUACUUAUUAGCUACAUUAGCUCUAGUACAAAAGUGAAGAAGCUAAUUUUACACAAUGACACCGAACACGUCUGAGCUGAUCGACGUGUGUAAGGAUUUUGAGGUCAUGUGACACAGUUGUGUGGAGGUUUACUGCAUUGUUUUAAACAGUUAAUGUAUGACUUGAGGUUUAUAAGCUGAAAAAUGAUUAUUAACCUGGAGAUUUUAUUGGGUUUAAAAUCGUUCUUUCUGUGAUAUAACCAGCAUGUUGUCUCCCCAUAAUUACAAUGUUAUGCUUCGUAUAGAAACCGUGCAGCGAUGCAGUAGCUGAUGUAGCAUAGCCCCGCUCUGUGAUUGCAGAUGUAUUGACUUGUUUAAACAGGACAUGUAUAUGUAUCACGUGUAUCAUAUGCAUUGCUUUAUUCAAGAGAUUAUAUCUGUUAUAUGUGUCAUAUAGUUCAAUAUAAAUCCAUUUAAUUCUAUAAUAUUCUGUUAUGUUCUCAGUCAAAACAGUGUAACAGCCACCACAAAAUUCACACAGUUUUUAAAGCAAAGUAUAACAGAUCAGCAUCAGAAGUAUGAAAUCUGAUUGGUCAGAAUAAAUUGAUUUAUUCUCUACAACAGCAGCCUGCAUCAUGUUUAUGCACUUGCUCUUUAUUAAUGUUAUCGUUUCUAUAGCAACAGCUCGCUCACGUCUGGGAUAGUCCAGCUAGACGAAUUAAAAAACGUGUGUAAUUGUUGAUACAAUGCUGUUUUCUGUGAUUUAAACUUUAUUUAUGAAAGGAGUCUGCAGUGUCGGAGGAAAAGAUGUAACUUUAACUUUCCCCACAUCUUCAGGACAGAGGAGUUUAAAUGGAUAUGUAAUGGAUAUGCAAUUUGGAGCAUGUA